AUGAGAAUUUCCAAGGUGCUCGACCUGUCGCUGGCGUUGUGUAACGCUUUGGAGUACCUCCACGAUGUGGCGGUGCCUGGACGCAUCGUGUGUCACCGAGACCUCAAGCCGGACAACACCGGUUUCGCGCAGGAUGGCACGUUGAAGCUCAUUGACUUCGGACUGGGAAAGCAAACCGGAAGCAAGAGACGGGGCAUGGCGUCUGUGUGUGGAAGUUUCCGACAGUUCAGAAAGGAGACAAAGCGAUGUGUACAGAGAGGCUGA